AAGGAUUUGAGAAGCUAAUGGUUGCCGCCUUGCCUUUGCACCUGCGACAUCUUCUUUUCCAUCUCCCCAACCACCACCCUCGCAUUACCAUUUGUGGCCUCGCUUUACAGUCAACCCAUUCAUUUGGCGAAGUGCCAUCACACUUCCUAAAGUUCCUUUUGGUUUGCCAGCUGGCUGCUUUUCAACAUGUCAACCCGAUCAGGCACGACCCUGUAUGUCACAGGUUUUGGUCAUGGCACUCGUGCUCGUGAUCUUGCCUACGAGUUCGAACAUUAUGGACGCCUUGUGAGAUGCGACAUCCCAGCUCCACGAACUGCAUCCAGCCGAUUGUUCGCCUUUGUCGAAUACGAGAGCCGUCGUGAUGCUGAUGACGCCUAUCAUGAGAUGCACAACAAGAGAAUCGGAAGAGAUGACGUUCUAAAGAUCGAGUGGGCCAGAACCCCUCCGUCUGCGACCUGGCGCUAUGAAGCUGGACGAGGUGCCCGUGGUGAAGGUCGUGACGGUCCUCGUGACGCCCCUCGUGACGCCCCUCGUGAGGGCUCCCGCCGUGAACGCUCACCUCCCCGACGCCGCUCUCCUUCCCCACGCCGUCGCGACUACUCUCCUCGCAAGGACGAUCGCCGUGACCGAGGUGACCGUGAUCGAGAACGGGAUCGCGACCGAGACUAUGACGACCGCCGCCGUUCCCGCAGCCCUGUCGAUCGAGACCGUGAUCGAGAAAUGAAGGAUGAUCGGGACCGCCGCGACGAUGAUCGUGAUGGAGCUGCCAAUGGUGACGACCGAAAAGCCGUCGAUUCUCCUCCUCCCGCGCAUGACGAGCUCGACACUGCCGAGUAGAGCUGGAUCCUCAGCAAUCAUCGGGCGCAUGCUUGGACAAAACUCACAGCAGCAAAAGUUGAUAUUCAAGGACGAUAACUGAACAGAGAUUAGAUCGACAUCGGUCGAAG